AUGAUGGGAAGGAAUUUGAUGAGUUUCCUCGGCCUUUUGUUACUAUGCUGCAUGCAUGGUUAUUUAGCAGCUGAUGAUCAAUCUGCUCUUUUGGCUUUCAAGUCUCAAAUAACUUCUGACCCCUUUGCAGUUUUAGCCAAAAACUGGACACAUGGCACUUCAUUUUGCAACUGGAUUGGCAUUUCUUGCAGUAAAAGGCAUCAUGAAAGAGUGACAAAAUUAGUCCUGAGAAGCUUUAGAUUUAGAGGUUCAAUAGCAAAAGAAAUUGGGAACCUCUCCUUCCUUAGUUUUUUGGAUAUUGGAAACAAUACAUUCCAUGGCCAAAUCCCUGAUGAAAUCGGGGGUCUGAGGCGUUUAAAAUACUUGUCUUUGCAAAUGAAUAAUCUCAGUGGCGAAAUCCCCGGGAGCCUUGGGAACCUUAACAUGAUUGAAAUGCUGGAUCUUUCUGGUAAUGAUUUAUAUGGACAUGUUCCUUUGGCCAUCUUUAAUAAUGUCUCUUUCUUAAGGAUUAUGGAUUUGGGACAAAAUAGGAUUAGCGGGAAUCUCCCAAGGGGAUUUUGUACUAAGGUUCCAAAUCUACAAGGUUUAUCCGUCUCAGAUAAUCAAUUAGUAGGACAAAUUCCAAGUGGGCUGAACCAAUGCACGCAACUUGUUUAUCUUUCCUUGUCAUAUAAUCAGUUCACAGGAAGUUUGCCGAGAGACAUGUGGAGUUUGGCAAAACUUCAAGAUUUAUUUCUUGCUGGGAAUAACCUUACAGGAAAUAUUCCAAGUGAAAUAGAGAACCUCUCAUCAAUUCGGAGAUUGAGUCUCUUCAGAAACCAGUUGGUUGGAACACUGCCACCAUCUCUUGGAAAUUUGUCAACUCUAGUGAUGAUAGACAUUAGUGACAAUAAUAUUCAUGGUAAUAUUCCUCCAGACCUAGGACAUAUUUCUAGUCUUGAAGAACUAUAUCUUGGAUCUAACAUGCUAUCAGGUGAUGUUCCUCUUGGAAUUUUCAACAUUUCAUCACUAAAAGUAAUAGCACUUGCGGCAAAUACUCUGUCUGGUAAACUUCCUUCAAACUUAGCAUAUAGCCUCCCAAAUCUUGAGGGACUUUAUCUUGGCAUAAACAAAUUUAGUGGUACACUUCCUAGCUCAAUCUCAAAUGCCACUAAGCUCAAUUUUCUUGAUCUUGGAAGGAACAUGUUUAGUGGAAAUGUACCAAUUGAUCUUGGAAUAAAUCUCCACCAGAUUCAAAGCAUCAACUUGCAGAGGAAUCAAUUCACAAAUGAUCUUUCUACGGGUGAAUUGAGUUUUCUAAAUUCCCUCUCACAUUGCAAGUUCUUGAAAUUUUUAAUGAUAGGAGACAACCAGUUUAAUGGCAGUCUUCCGAAAUCAUCCUUAACAAACUUAUCGCUGUCUCUUGAGAGGUUCGUUGCCUAUAACUGUGGAAUUAGGGGGAAAAUCCCAGUUGGAAUUGGUAAUUUAACUAACUUAUCGUGGUUAACACUGGGAGCCAAUGAGUUGAUUGGUUCAAUUCCUCAAGAAUUGGGAAACUUGAAAAAGUUGCAAACUUUGAGAAUGUAUGAGAACCAAUUAGAUGGGAUCAUACCUGAAAGCUUAUGCAAUAUCAAAGAAUUAUACUAUUUGGACUUGAGAAGAAAUCAGUUUUCAGGGCAAAUAUUAGGGUGUUUAGGGAAUAUUUCUUCGUUAAGAAAUAUUUAUUUGGAUUCGAAUUCUUUAAGUUCAAAUAUUCCGUUAAAUUUUUGGAGCAACAAAGACAUUUCAAUAGUGAGUUUGUCUUUCAAUCAGUUAAGUGGUCCGUUGGCGUUGGAGAUUGGAAAUAUGAGGGGUUUAAUUGAGUUAUAUCUAUCAGGAAAUCAGUUGUUUGGUCAAAUUCCAAGCACUAUUGGACAACUUCAGAAUUUGGUAAAUCUUUCAUUAGAUAUAAAUAGGUUAGAUGGUGCUAUACCUAAGUCAUUUGAAAAUUUGGUCAGCUUGGAAAACUUGGAUCUAUCACACAACAAUUUAUCAGGCCAAAUUCCUAUGUCAUUGGCAAAGCUUGAGCACCUCAUCUAUCUGAAUGUCUCUUUCAAUGAACUAUCUGGUGAAAUUCCAGAUGGAGGACCUUUUGCUAAUUUCACGGAUGAAUCGUUCAUUGGUAACACGGAGUUGUGUGGACCCUCUAGAUUCCACGUCAAGGCGUGCAAAAACCAGAAAAAUAUGAGAAGCAGAAAUGGGAUGAAAAAAGUACUACUAAAAUUUGUUCUUGGACCUGUUGUAGCUGGAGCCAUACUCAUGGCCAUUUUCAUUAUUUGGUUGCUGAAAUAUCGAAAGCGAAACGACCAACUUAUUCCUUUAACUGAUUGGAAUGGUCAAUCACACAAGAGAUUUUCUUACUAUGAAAUUGUUCGAGGGACUAACAACUUUGAAGAAUCGAAUUUGAUUGGAAAGGGAAGCCUUGGUAUGGUGUAUAAGGGGAAAUUUGCAAAUGAGACAGUAGUUGCUAUAAAGGUUUUCAAUGUACAAGUACAAGAUGCAUUCAAAAGGUUCGAUUUGGAGUGUGAAGUUUUGCGCAAUAUUCGCCAUAGAAAUCUUGUUAAGGUGAUUAGUAGUUGUGCUAAUCUUGAUUUCAAGGCAUUGGUGCUAGAGUACAUGCCUAAUGGAGAUCUUGAUUAUUGGCUUUACUCUCACAAUAAUUUCUUGGAUUUAGUCCCAAGACUGAAAAUUAUGGUUGAUGUGGCUUGUGCCUUAGAGUAUCUACACAAAGGUCAUUCACUUGUUGUGGUCCAUUGCGACUUAAAACCAAGUAACAUACUUUUGGAUGGAGACAUGGUUGCCAGAGUAAGUGACUUUGGUAUAUCCAAACUCUUGACGGCGCAUGAUCCAGUAGCGUUAACCAAGACCUUAGGCACCAUUGGCUACAUGGCACCAGAGUACGGGUCACAAGGGAUAGUGUCAACAAUGGGGGAUGUUUAUAGCUAUGGUAUUUUAUUGAUGGAAACCUUCACAAGAAAGAAGCCAGUAGAUGAUCAAUUUGUUGGAGAGCUUACAUUGAAGAGAUGGGUCGCCGAAUCAUAUCCUCAUAGGGUCAUGGACAUUGUGGAUGUCAAUUUAUUUUCAAGAGAUGACGAUAAUGAACAUUUGAUAGCUACUGAAAGUUGUUUGAGAUCAGUAUUGGAAAUAGCUCUUGAAUGUACCGCGGACUUGCCUCAAGACCGAAUUACCAUGGAUGACGUCCUUGUAAGGCUCAACAAGAUCCAAACUCUGCACAAUAAACCUUGA